CAAAUUGAAAAAAUAAAGUAAAAAUGCUAAAGUUGAAAAAAAGUUAUUAAAAAAAUGGCGGCGGCGCUGGUAACAAUUAUGAGCAGCAGAAACAACAACUGCGCAAGAAGCACAGCUUAAAAGAAACCAAAAAAGACAACCUUUCGGCUGCUACGAAAUUAAUCUGGUUUUUUAUGUUUCACUCGCGCGCCGCAGACAUAAAAUAAAGACAAACAACGUUGACCUGUGUGCGUCGUCUCUUGUGUCUUGUUGUUUGUUUGUCCCCGCGCUGUGUUUGUGUGGAAAAUGCCAUAAAAAACGUGAAAUUCAUUAAGCGACAACAACAGUUACGAGCCUGGCACAAUUUUACAUUGUUUACAUAUUCGGCUGUGCCCCGUACGCCAGCUUUCGUUGUUCUCCUCGUAAUUAAUGUGAUUUGUUCAGCCCCAAGAUCUGGAGAAGCAUUCGAGCGUCCAACAAGUUGGAGAAUAGUUGGCUUUAAUUGAAAAGAGUCGGACAAGAAAAUACGGCCCCGGCGGCCAGUGGAGGCCCGUCAGCAACAUGCAUCGAUCGCUGAAGCCGCAUGCAACCACCGCACUGGCUAAGAAGGUGCAACCGCCAACGAUACCAGGGGACACGCCACAGGAGACACUCCUCCACCAUCAUAGCCAGCAGCCACUGCAGCACCACCAUCACCCGAACCACCAGCCGCUGAUACCACUCUACCGGCUAAGCGGUCCACUGCGCCAUCACCAGAAUCAGGCGGAUGAUGGCAUCAGCAUGAGCGGGAGCAGCAUGGUAUCGUCGCCCUCGCUGGAGGAGGGCGGUUUCAACUUGCCGCGCGAGACCAGCGUGGCCCUGCGCCUCAAGGACGAAGUCCAGGGCUCGCCAGGAGCAGCGCCAUCUGCGGCGGGUGCAGUUCCCGGCGCAGCUGCAAGUGGAGGAGCUGCCCCGGCUGGGAAGACGGCUGUGCCCAUGGUGCCGCCACCGCCCGUUUUCUGUGCCACUCUGCGCGAGCCGCUGACCCACAAGGCGGCGGUCUACUACCACCAGCAGCUGGCCCUGCAAGAGGACCAGGGCAUCGACCUAACCCAGUCCCCGGGCCGCGACUCGCCCGGAUCGUCGUCGGGCUCUGCGGGCUCCGGCUCGCGUCACAGCACCGCCAGCUUGGAUUCCGGCCGGGCCUCCUCCUACCUGACGGGGGUGUCCUCGUCGGGUGCUUCCAUUCGGGCGCCCCUCUCCUCGCCGCGCUGCAGCUCCGUCAGCUCCUGCUCGAUUGGAAGCGUGGACCGGCAGCGCAACGACGAGCUCAUCAUCGACUGGCUCCUGGAGAUGAAGCACGAGGAGUAUGCGCAGCUUUUCAUCGCCGCCGGCUACGAUCUGCCGACCAUUGCCAGGAUGACGCCCGAGGAUCUCACGGCCAUUGGCAUUAAGAAUCCGCAUCAUCGGGAGCGGAUCAAGCAGCGCAUCGACAAGCUGCAGGUUCUGGACAAUCUGCCGCACUUUGUGCCGGGCUCGAUCGAGGAAUGGCUUCAGCUGUUGCGUCUGGAGGAGUACAUCCAGCCGUUACUGGAGCAGAACUACAAAACGGUGCGCGACGUAACCCAAGUGACUUGGGAGGAUCUCGAGGACAUUGGCAUUGUCAAGCUGGGCCAUCAGAAGAAGAUCCUGCUGGCCAUUAAGCGAGUUAAGGACAUCAUUAGUGGCAAGUGGAAUCCAGGCGGCGCCAAUGCCUACCAGCAGCAGGAGUACCAGAGGAAGCCAUGGCAAUUCAAUGUGCCCAUACCCAGUACGCCAUCCUAUGUGCCAACCGCGCGCGUCUCUUGGGACGACACGAAAAUCUAUGCCACCAGCAGUGUCCUUAAUGCCACUGCCCCAGCUGGAAGUAGUUGCUUAAAUAGCAGUCUCAGCAAUGGAGGAGAUGCCUACUACUGCACGGGCAGCAACCACGAGUGCUGCUCCGGCAACGAUGUGGUGCUCAUUAAGGUGCGCCAGCCACGCGGCAAGAGCCUGGAAUCGCUGGAGGACAUCCACGACAACAGCACGCGCAGCCAUCUGACCUUCAGCCAUUACACGACCACUGACUACGGCCACUUCGGUCCGCCCACAACGGCGGCGGCGGCCGCGGCCAUGGCAGCUGCUGCCACUCUGCAACAGCAACACCAUCACCAACAGCUCCUGCAACAACAACAGCAGCAGGCUGCGGCCGCCCGCCUCCUGGGCAGCAAUGCAGCCGCCAUGGCUUGGCGGCGAUCCUACGACGACGGCGACAUUACACCCACCAACGAUGCUACGCGGGAGCUGCUCUAUGACCAGGAGGGCGGUGGCACGCUGCCCCGCCAGCAGCGGGGAAUCCUGCAGAGGGCGGUACUGAAUACGAUGCCACCGCUGGAGCACCAUCACUACAUGAAUGCGGCGGCGGCGGCAGAGUACGGAGCAGCCACUGGUGGCGAGGGAGGAGCGAAUUAUAUGAGUGGCAGUCCUUUGACUGGGAAGAAGAUAGCGCCAGAGCCACCGCGUCGUCACUGCAGCAUACGCAACUCCCGCACGCUGAGCGGAGAGGGAGUGCCACCGGGAUCGGUGACGCAGGUGCAGCCCCAGGCUGGAUCACAGCAGCAGACACAACAGCAGCCGCAGCACAUGUUUUAUGGACAUGCCGCACAACAGCACUGGCAGCAACAGCAGUCGGCAGGGGCUGGUGGCAAUCAGCAGCCCAUUUAUGCAAACUACGCCACUAUUCAGCAAACCACGGCGGAGAUACACUGCGAGAAAUACCACGACAAUAAGUCAACUUCCAGCAUUGAUUCCAUUGACACGAUACCGUUCGCCAACGAGAACACCGGGACGAUCAAGCAACGACUGCUCAACCGCCAGGAGCUGCAGGGCGGUACGGCCAAUCCACACCCCGCCCACCUGCACUCCUCCAGCUCGAGCUCCAGCUCCUCCUCCACGAACACAAUCGCCAACAUUGCGCACUCGUUCCACUCGCUGAAAUCUUCCAGCUCGCUGCACGACGCCACUCUGGCGCGCAGUGAAAGCAUGGGCAGUACGGCCAGUGGCGGGAGUGCCCUCCACCUGCGCUCCCCCACUCUGGAUGCGUCUGCUGUUGCCGCCGCUGCUGCUGGAGGAUCAGCGGGAGCCACCAAUGAGACGUUGACUUCGCCGGAUGCAGCCACUCCGAGUGUUGCUUUAAGUACGGGCGUGCCGCCAAAGGUCUCGGUGAAUGUGCUGAACGAUAUCGGCAACAUGCUGGCCAAUCUGACGGACGAGCUGGACGCCAUGCUCGAGGAGGAGAAGCGUGUGGGGCUCAACAUCGACAGUGAAUGAAUGAAGAGGACCCUAGGCCAGUCUCCUCCGGCACUCAGCCAACAAACAAACACUCUCCAAUCAAACAACAAGAAUCGUAGUGUAGCUGAAUUUUGUGGUAGAACUUGUGGUGUGUCUUGUAAUGUUUUAUGUACUUUAACUUAAGUUGAUCUUGUUUUUACAUUUUUUGUUCCAACUGCGUAGGAAGAAGCAUCAUUUUGUAAUCUUUUUAUAUAUAUUUUUUUUAUUUUCAAAUACACAAUGUGUAGUAAAAAGGUAAACUAAAAACUGAAAAGCUUUCGAAGAACCAUGUAUACUUUUGAACUUUUCCUAAACUCUCGUCCCAUUCCCAAAAAUAUAAGUGUUACAAAAUAAACAACAAAAAUAUCCAACUAAAGCGAUGAUGGCAAGCGGAUAUGAAGCGCAAGAUGCAAGUAUGCAUAGUUAUUAUAUAGCAUAAAAUAUAUAUAAUUCUAUAUAUAAAUAAAUAUUUAAACAAAAUCAUUUAUAUGGACAAGUAUUUAGUGGUUCGAUACUAUACAAAACGGAAACGGAAGUCGAGAACCACACACGGCACACUCUUAAACACACACACAAGACAAACAGGAUCAGACACCAACUACUAUCUAAAAAAUCUUUCAGACAAUUUCAAAUUGCAUUUAUGAAUUACUUAAAUCCCUCAUUUGUACUUUACCAGUUUAUUGAUUCUGCCUGCACAGACAUUUUUUUGUUUGUUAUGAUUAGAACUAAAAUCAAACUAUAUGAAAUGAAUGUAUAAUUAAGUGUUAUUCCAUACAAAGUAAAAAGGAUGCAUUAUAUAAAAUAUAAAACUUGUAUUAGCGUUGUAUUAAGCACGCAUAAGAGAAUUACAUUAUGUUUAAAAGAUCAUGAAUGCUGAACCAGAUACAGAAUUCCGAAGUAUACAUUUACAUUGCCUUCUUUAUAAUUUAAAUAAAUACAAAAAUUUUUAGUAUGAAAUGUA